AAUCAUUUUUCCCAAUAAAUAGCUUUCUUCCUCCUUGGUAUCAUCCUUACAACAAACUUAGUGAGUAAAGAAGCAAAAAUGUUUGAAAUUGAUUCAAUGAAUGAAGCAGAAAUGCUACAAGGCCAAGCAGAAGUAUCUAAAUAUAUGUUUGCUUUUGCAGACUCCAUGGCCAUAAAAUGUGCAGUGGAACUUCGUAUUGCUGAUAUUAUUCAUUCUCAUGGCCACCCUAUUACUUUAUCACAAAUAGCCACUAAUGUUGACUCUUCAUCUCCAGAUAUCAGUUAUCUUUCACGUAUCAUGAGGUUUCUUGUCCGUCGAAAAAUCUUCACUGCUAACUCUCAGGGCGGAGACACCCUCUAUGGACUAACCCCAAUCUCAAGAUGGCUAUUACAUGACACUGAGCUAAGUGUAGCACCAAUGUUCCUUAUGCAAAACAACCCAAUUCUCAUGGCUCCAUGGCACUAUUUCAGUAAUUGUGUAAAAGAAGGUGGAAUUGCAUUCAAGAAAGCUCAUGGUUAUGAAAUAUUUGAGAUGGCUUCUAAAGAUGAUGAAUUGAACGAGAAUUUCAACAAUGGAAUGAAUUCAGUGACCAAAAUUAUAGUGCAAGCAAUAAUUAAAGAGUAUAAAAAUGGGUUUGAUUCAAUUACAUCACUUGUUGAUGUAGGUGGAGGGACAGGCGCUGCCAUGUUUGAAAUUGUCAAGGCAUAUCCUCAUAUCAAGGGGAUUAACUAUGAUUUGCCUCAUGUUGUGUCAACUGCUAAAAAAUAUGAUGGUGUUGAUCAUGUUGGGGGUGACAUGUUUCAGGAUAUCCCAUCUGCUGAUGCCGUCUUUCUCAAGUGGGUAAUGCAUGAUUGGGGAGACGAAGAUUGUGUGAAGAUAUUGAAGAACUGUAGAAAGGUGAUACCGGAGAAAACCGGAAAAGUGAUCAUAGUUGAUGCAGUGUUGAAAACGGAUGGUGAAGGCUUAUUUGACAAUAUGGGAUUCAUACUUGAUUUGCUUAUGAUAGCACAUACCAGUGGUGGCAAAGAAAGGAGUGAAGCUGAAUGGAACAAAUUAUUGAAGGAAGCUGGAUUUCCACGUUACAAUAUCAUUCAAAUUCCUGCUUGGCCCUCUAUUAUUGAGGCAUAUCCACAAUGAUGAAUUUGGCAUUUCUAAACGAAUGUGUACCCGUAAAACGGUUCAGUGGAAUUUGUACACGCGGUCAGAGACACGUAGAUCAGAGUAAUCAAUAAGAUUAAGAUGUUUGUAUCUAAAUAUUGUAAAUAGACGCAAAUAAGAUAAAGAGAGAGAGAGAGAGACUGGAUUAUAGAUGCUUAUCCGAGGUUAGACUGCUCUUGUUAUUGAUGAGCCGUGACUCCCGAGCUUAGUAAAGUAAUAGCAAGAAUAUAAAAUGUAUAGAAAUGUGAAAGUAAGAACUGUGUGUAUUAGCUUGAUAUCGUGUCCUUACAAUGAGAAUUAUCAUCUCUAUCCUAAGAGCUAGGGGAACA